GUGUGUGUGUGUGUGUGUGUGUGUUUUAAUGCGCGUGUGUGUGUGUGUGUGUGUGCUGUAGAGUGGAUUAUUAUUAUUAUUGUUAUUAUUAUUAUUAGAAUGCAGUAUAAAUAUAUGUAAAUAAUUAGAGAUUAGUCAUUAGUGGACUCGACGGUAGAUUAGACCCAGGUGUGUAUGUUGUAGAUGCUGGAGGUGUUUGGUGAGCAGAGUCACAGCCUGUCUGUUUAUUAUAGGAGAAAAUCACAGUUUUUACAUCAUUUAAAGUCUUUAUUUGACCAUUAUCAGUGGCUAUGACUGCGGAAUUACUGUCUGAUCUGGACAGUCGCUUUUUCGCGGAUAAUCUCCUGACAAGCGAAGACUGGGAUGCCUGUCUGUAUCAGUGUGAGAGUAUGGAGGAGGGUGAAGACAGGCUGAAAUAUGACACGUUGCUUGACAAUGACCUCGUGCUGACCCUUGACCCCGACAACCCUGUAGCACCAUGGAAACACAUGGAGAACAAACUGCUUGCAGGUGACAUGUCAGUAAUGAAGGAUGAGAUGACCAUAACACAACCUCUGCCGGUGGACAUGUUGUUUCAAGUCAAAGCAGAGCCUCCAUCUCCUUCGUCCUCGCCAGCUUCAGACAGCUCUCUACCUUCCUUAACUGAAGCACAGUUCCAGGUGAAAGGUGAGAACCCCCCCACACCCCCCUACAUGUAUGGGGAUGUUCUCUCACCCCCGGUGGGUGCCAUGGAGGUUACUGUGGCCAGCACAGCCCCGCCCCCUCAGCAAGCUCCACCCACACUUCCUAUUCCCACAGUAGCACAGACCACAGUGAAUGCUGGCUCCAUUCUCAGCAGUAAGCCUGUGCUACAGCCGAGGCCGGUCUGUGUGGCUGCUAAAACACUGAUCCUGCAGGGAACACAACCAGCAGUGGUUCUGUCCCCGUCGGUGUGUCUGGGUUCUGCUCCGGCCAUUGUUAAAAUGGAGCCCGUGUCUCCCAGCAUGCACUGCACCAGCCCUACAGCUCCGCCUACCACCAAGCCCAUCAUCCCAGCAUCCUCUCUGCCUGGCAGCAACUGCAGCGACAUUGAUAUGAAGGUUCUGAAGCGUCAGCAGAGGAUGAUAAAGAACCGCGAGUCUGCGUGUCAGAGCCGGAAGAAGAAGAAGGAGUAUGUACAGAACCUGGAGGCUCAGCUGAGGGAGGCGCAGCAAGAGAACGAGCGCCUGCGCCGAGAGAACCACGCCCUGCGGCUCCGACUCGCCACCAAAGAGGGUGCUGAAUCGGGCACCAAUAAGCGAGCGGUGUGUGUGAUGGUGCUGCUGCUCUUCAUCACCUUCAGCUUCGCUCCUGUCAGCAUCACGGACAGGAAGUUGCCGUCUGCGCUGGAGGAUGGGGAGGAGCCUCACACGGGGCGACGCCUACUGGUGUACGAGCCGGACCACGUGGUGACCGACAAAGCGGCGGAGGACAGGCUGGAUAGUGAGGAGGACAUAGGAGAGGACAGGUGGAGGAGAGGAGAGGUGGAGAGGGAGAACGCCGAGACCUUUCACUUCAGGAACGUGAGCAGUGUGUUCAGUGAGGUGAAGGAUCUCGUCCUGCAGGACAUCGACCGGCUCUUCUCCUCCUCCGACUGCAGACAGUUCAAUCGCUCUGAAUCACUCAGGUUGGCUGAUGAGUUGCGUGGUUGGGUUCAUCGGCAUCAGAUCAACAGGAAAAAGACGAACCGCAAACCUAAAAUCGCACAGAAGGCAAAAAUAGCACAGCAGAAAGCUCAGCACAGGAAGACGAACUUCUCACGCUACCUCCCCAUCGAGACGCACCGCUCCAUUGAGAGUCAGCUGCAGCUCUUACCUGGUCCUGAGGUGAGCUACAGUGACUUCCUGGAUGCCAUCGAUCGACGUGAGGACACAUUUUAUGUUGUCUCCUUCAGACGGGAUCAUCUGCUUCUCCCUGCGAUCAGUCACAACAAAACCACACGUCCCAAAAUGUCCCUCGUUAUGCCUGCCAUGGCCAUCAACGAGUCGGUGUAUAACUCGUCUCAGGGUGGAUAUGAGCUGAUGAUGCAGGUGGACUGUGAAGUCAUGGACACAAGAAUAAUCCCCAUUAAAUCCUCCGUGGUCCCACCCUCACUCAGAGACAAGCCCCCGAACCCGCCCUCUCACCCCCAUCACCACGGUAACCACACCCGACCACCACAUGGAGGCGGGGCCUCGACGCCCAGGCAACCCUUACCUGUCAGGAGGAGGGGGGCAGAGUUUCUGAUCACACAGUCAGGAUCGUAAUGAAAUGGAGAAAAAGGGAAAACACACACACACACACAAUGUAAAGAUUUUUAAAAUCGCAGAAUUCUCCACUAUUCUUCGCCCAGCUCCUGCAAUUCCGUUCUCCAUGUUAAACUGUAACUCUGUGAUUUUAAGGUAAAGAAACGUAGCAAUAUUUAAAAAUCUCUAAAGAUACCUUUGUUUCUAUGGCAACAAUGAUGGCCAUCAGUUUACAGAUUCCCAAACAUGCAGAAUUCCAAAGUACGUGUCUCAAAACUCUUAGAAUUCCACAGUACAGGUCCCAAAACUUCCAGAAUUCUGCUGUAUUGGUAACCAAACUCCCAGAAUUCCAUCCUGGAAUUCCAUCAGUGAGCUUUACAGCUGUGUAAUCUCUCUCAUUUCCCAUGCAUGAUUCACUGAACUCCCAGAAUUCCCCUGUAUGCAUAGCUAAACUCAGAAUUCCGAUAUUCAGUUCCUUCUCCCAGAAUACUGUAAUACCCCAUUCCCAGUAUGGGUCAGUAAACUCUCAGAAUUCCCUCAUAUGUGGGACAUCCACUUCCCAGAAUUCCAGUGAGAGCCCUUUAAGGAGUGUGUUUUGUAAAUUUGUGUCUUUAUUUUUUUACUUGAUGCCAGUUCAUCGCUGUUGUUUUUGUUUGUUCUGUUUAAUUAUGUGCGUGUUUAUGAUUCGAGAAUUUUUCUGUGUGUUUAUUUAAAUGAGAAGCUUGUGAUCGAAGGAAAUAUCAGUUACUGUGUCAGGAAAAAAACCCACCCGGACGUUCAUCAGACUGUAUCCCAGAUACUCCUGUGUGUGUUCGAAUCCUCUCUGAUGGAACGACGUCGCUUUAACAUCACGGAUCUGAAUCAGGGUACAGGGACCACUGUUGCAACCCAUCCAGCCAAGUCGAGAUAUUUGUGGGCGGAGCCGAAAUCCUGAUCCACGCCCACAGGGAGUUUAUAAAUCCUGACACGAGCGGUUGCUGUAGAAAUGCAUUAACAAUGUGUGAAAUUGUAAUAUAGUGUAAAUAUAUAUAUAAAAAAUGUGUUUUUAUCAAAUAAUCGUAGCUGCGCAAGAUUAAGACUUUAUUAAGACUUUAUUAAGACUUUAUUACUCCAGUCACGUGUAAAGGGAGAUUUGUUCACAUUCAUACGUUUGUUAAUUAGACGCGGCCACUUUAGAUCACGAUUACGACGUCAUCACUUGUAAAUAGGGAAGUUUGUGACACCAUGUGCAUUUCUACGCUUGUACUUUUAACACCUUUUAAGAAUUUUUUAUUUGUUUGUUGUUUUGUUUUUGUUUUUUAACCGUAAAUAGUCUGAUUUUUCCCUCAAAUAAAAUGUAAAUGAAGGUA